UGUUAUAAAUUACAGAAGCAAUGACAGAUUUGUAUUCGAGGUCCGUCUACCGUUGGAAGGUAAUUAUCGAUUCGUGAUAACAGGGGGAUUCAGUACAGAACUGUGUAAUUUAUGUCGAUUUAAACUGGUGUGCACAGAAAGUAUUGGUGAAUGGUUUGUUCCCCUGUUACACCCGGAAAAUGAUGGCUGGGGUCCUGGACCACUUACCGAAAAAGCAGGUCUUCUUCUACCAACAAAACCUAGUGGUUUACUGACAGUGCAGUCGCGGCAAAAUUCCGGGGUGAGAAGAAGUUCCUCCGUGUUUUACCACUUAGCAACACUAAAUUUCCAGAUAAACAAAGCUUUAAUCAGGAAAUACGAAUACACUGUAGAGAUUGUUCCAUCAGUUUUCAUUAACACGAACAACAUCGAUUCCAUUUUCAUGCCUAAUGGUGAACUAAAAGCAGACGUUCAUUUAAAGCUCAAGAAAGCAAAACCUGAACAAUACCCAGAGGAGGAAUUUCCUGUUCGUGCUCAGUUUUCUAAAGAUGUUCCUACACGACAGUUUACUGUACAAGUAAUCGGUAACCUGAUUGGUGAAGAGUGCGCGGUGCUAAUUAAAGCAACAGAGAUGGAAAUAAUGAACAACCUACGCGUACCAAAGAAAGGAUCAACGAAAGUAGUGUGUUACUAUCUUCUAUCGAAUGCGAGCACAUUCUUUAUUCGUGAGCCAACAGAAGUAAAACUGUGCAAAAUGUCGCUGCAUGAUGCAAUGAAUACACAUGACGUCGACAAGAUCCAGAGUGCUAUGGAUAAAUGUCUGAAGUUUAGGGUGCCUGUUACUGAUGACACUAUAGCUGCUGCCGAGGCAAGGAUAGAAUAUCUGAGGCUGAGAACAGUUAUAGUUGAUAGUGUGAAGCGGCGUAAUAUUGCAGUGGUAAACGAGACAUUAGGGCGUGUAGUCGGUUACAGAUACAGGGAGGCGCUUGUUGCAGAGGUGGAGAAGUUGUUGGCAUUCAGGAAAGAAUUGCACAGCCUUCAAGGUUAUCCUCAAGGGCUACCAUCACUGCGGGAAGCCAAUGAAGAACUGUACAAGUUGACCUCGCCAAAACCAUCCGUUCACAACACCAUGAAAGCCUUGUGCAUCCUGCUAGGGUAUGACGGUAACGUAAAGGACUGGAAGUAUAUACAUAAACACCUGAAAGUAACUCCUGAUAAAUUGUCAGAGAUGGUAAUUCUGAAAAGAAUGGAGUAUAUGUCCGAACAUUCAUUUCCAUGGCACAAAAUGGACUUCAAAGUACUUCAGCGGGUAUACAAGAUUAUACACGAGUACCCAUUUGAACAAGUGAAACACGUCAGUCUGGCGGCAGCUGCAAUUUAUAAAUGGAUCGACAAGAUGUUGAACCGUGCAAAACAUGUUCUCCGAAGUCAGUAGACAGCAAUAAGAUAUGGAGCAAGAUAACACUUUGCCUUGUCGCAUAUUUGUGUUAUGCAUCUAAUUAAUAAAGAGUAGGAGAACCGUUCUAA